CAAACUUCAUGCAUGCAGAGGGGUUAGGGUUAUUGAUUGGGGGCAGAGGGGGGUACGUUCCUGGGGAGGGCAAGGACGACCUGCUCUUCCAGUCAUUGGUCGCUCUGUCCCCACAAUUCGGGCAAUCCACCUUCCGGCCUAGCGUCCGCAACCCACACCUCUCCCACUGGUCUAAAACUUUUUGCGUGCAGUAACAUUUCCUCCUGCCGGACGACUUCUCACCACUCCUUCAUCGACCAACCAUCCCACAGCCAUCCCGUCAAAAUGGCCAAGGAAGCAACCGCCCGCUCGGGCCUGAUUGUCGGCAUCAACAAGGGCCACAAAACCACCCCUCGCGUCGUCAAGCCCCGUGUCUCCCGCACCAAGGGCCACCUGAGCAAGCGCACCGCUUUCGUCCGCGACAUCGUCAAGGAGGUCGCCGGUCUCGCUCCCUAUGAGAAGCGUGUGAUCGAGUUGCUCCGCAACUCCCGGGACAAGCGUGCCCGUAAGCUCGCCAAGAAGAGGCUCGGCACCUUCGGUCGUGCUAAGAAGAAGGUCGAUGAGCUCCAGCGUGUCAUCGCUGAGUCCCGUCGUGCCGGCCACUAAACGUAACCUCGAACGUCAACUCUAGACUAGGAGCGACAUGGAUUAGGAUCACGUUUCGGCGUUAUUCGAUGGGGGGGCAUUUCAUGGACCAAAACCCGGUGGAGGGACUGAGGGAAUAGGCAUAGCCUCCGCAUGUCGUGAGAGCUGCCUGGCGUCAAAAGAAACGUCACGUCGAUACCAAAUGAUGACACUUUGAAGCACC